AUGGAGAGGCUCAACACUAGAUGGUCGCCCUCAUCCCCCUCAUGGCUCAAACUUAACUUUGAUAGUGUCGCUCACAGUGGAGUUGCAACGGGAGGUGGAAUUAUAAGGGAUAGCUUUGGCAACCCGAUUCUGGCCUAUGCUGGGAAUUUUGGCUCAGCUUCGAGCAACAUGGCCGAAGCCUUAGCGCUCUUCUGGGGGCUUAAAUUGGCUCUCGAUAUUAAUGCUAAAAGACUGAUCAUUGAAGGGGAUUCUAAGCUGAUUAUUGAGGCGACUAAAGGUGUUUCUGGGAUUAGUUGGAUGAUUAACAACAUACUCAAGGACAUAUGGUCUUUGAUUGUUUGGCUAGAGGAAUUUCAAAUUCAACAUAUUUAUAGAGAGGGAAAUUUGGUGGUGGAUUCCCUAGAUGCGAUAGGCCUUGAGAUGAAAGGUGGACGUUUUGGCCCUUCUGCGAUGUCAAGGUGCAGGAGGGAAAUUCAAAUUUGA